UCGAUAAAAAUGGCGAAGCUGGUAGAAUGUGCAAAACCAGGAAGAAAACUCGUUUGAAAAAGCUAUAGAAUAUGGGAAACGUAACAGCUGGAGGCGUUAACGACGGAGAAGACGAUGAAAACGAGUACUAUGAGGAUGGAACAGAGACAAGUCCAUCUUCAGGGGAGAUCACUGAUGGAGCUUUAGACCUUUCUGUGUUAUUUGAUCAUGGUUUACUGCGUGAAGCUGCCUCAAAGAUCAAAGAGGAACCAAAUGAAUCCUUUAUGCAGCAACAUUCAGGCAGUAUUAUACGGUGGCUGGAAGAAAGAAAUUCCAGACAUGAGGAAUAUGUCAGUCUAUCACAAUUCACUGACAUGCUGACAGGAAGGGGAGCCAGUAAGGAGGAGUGCAUAGAGUUAUUCAGUCAGUUUGAUGCUGAUGGAGAAGGCUUUGCAGAUGUAGAAACAUUUUUAGAGACUCUUCAAACCCUUGGAGGUGGCCUCAGUGCCAAAGGAGAUUUAAGGACUUCCAUCAAGACACUGCAAAACUGCUGUCUAACACCAGGAUUUUUGGAUGCUUUUGCUGACAAUAAGGAGGCUGUUAUGAAUCACGGUCAAAAACUCCUGAAGUUCUUGCUGCGAAACAGAGCAAGUAGUACAUCUCUUCCUUUACCAGCCUUGGAUGGAUUCUGUAAUACAUCUGAGAUGAGACUGAAAGUUUUACAAGCACACAUAGAGGCACUAAAGGAAAAAGCUGAAGUAAAGAAACAGGUUCCCUCAGUUGAAGAAGGUGAAGUGCUCAGGCCUUUAAUGAAGUGUUACAUGACUCUUGAAGUUUCCAGUAACAAGGGAGAUAUAUCCAGGUUAACUAAUGGGGAUGCAAGUUCAUACUGGCAGUCAGAUGGACCUGCAAGGUCUCACUGGAUCAGGUUACGAAUGCGGCCAAAUGUUGUUCUCAAACAGCUGUCAAUAAAUGUAGGUUCUUCUGAUCAGAGUUACAUGCCACAACAUGUUGUUGUCACAGCAGGACGAGAUGAACAGAAUUUGAGAGAAAUUAGUGACUGCAGAAUUCCAAGCCAAGUCAAUGGGGAUUUUGUUUUAGUAGAAAAUGUAAAAAUUCCAUAUCCAGUGAUACAGAUCAAUAUUAGAAGAUGUCACAGUGAUGGUUGUGAUACAAGAAUUCGUGGAAUCAAAGCAGUUGGAUACAGAGUCUUAAAAAGUAAAGGUAUGAGUGUUGGUGAUGCAUCAGCAGUGUGGUUCCUCUCAGUGCUUGGAGCUACUGCCACUGCAGCCCUUCCAAUGGCUCCUCACCUUAGGGAUCUUAUCUUGUCUCACACAAAGUCAGCAUUGAGCCAUAUGAAGCCAAUGUCACUAUCGUUAACAUCACCAGACAGACCAGUUGCCCUCUCUCAAAAUGUUCUUGAGGAGAUUGAAAAUUUCCUUCAUUCUAUUGUGAGGUUUGAGGGAGCAAUUCAACCAGAGAGUUUAAAAAUUUUAUUGGAAUUUUCUUUAGCACGUGGAAAUUUAAAAAGUAUUUUUAAAGUUCUUAAAUUAUUAUAUGAAAUUGGUUAUGAAGAUUUUCCUGCAGCAGAAAUUGUGAAAUCCUUGGAAGAUGUUCAACUUAAAGCUACAAAGCAACAUGGUGCAAUUUUAAAGAUGUCGUUGUCAUCUUGUGAUGGGGGUCACAAAGACAACCUCUCAAAACCAGAAAAUGUUUUAACAGACAACUGGUCUUCUGAAGCUUUCUUAUCAGAUUCUGGAAAGACAAGAGUGUCAAUGAUGUUUUCAAGUGCUUCAUCAGUUCGCGUAAAAUUAACAAGAUUAAUCAUCAAGGUGUCCAAAGGAGCAAUUGGCCCUUCGCAUGGCUUGGUUUUUGUGUUGGAUGACUUUAAAAGAAAUGAAAAAGAGAAAGAACAAGAAGAAGGAGGAGGACAUGAAACAGAUUUAUUGAGCAAAUACAAUGACUGGACCAAAGCUAAAUACUCUGAAUAUGUUGCAAGUUGUAAGGGCAAAUCAGAGUUUGGUAAUGAUGAUCCAGUUGGUUUUUUCACCACAGAAGAGGACUGGGAUGAGGUGGAAGUUCACGUUGAUAGAAUUGUGACUGGGAAGUAUGUUGUAGUCAAGUUUUUAGGAGCAAGAAAAGAAAGUGCUGAGAGGAUAGGAGUGUUGGGAGUCAACUUCUUUGGUUAUGAAGUCAAACCCGACUGUCCACUGAGUGAUGAGUUGAACUUGAAUGAAGUUGCCCCUUUACCUUCAAGCAACAUAGUGGAAGGUUCAACUUUGUUCAUUAGAAUCUUGUUAUUUCUUGAUGAAAUGGCAAAGGACCAGAUUCACCUUAAAUCAAGACCGAAAAAUCCCCCUUUGUAUAAAGAAAAGGAGGGUCAGCUAGAGAUGAGUAGUGUGAGUCUUGAACUGGUCUGGGAAGUUUACACACUUGUAACACGCAGGGGAGUAAAGCACAAGAAAAUCAUAGUAUCUUGCCUGCUGCUUCUUCGAUUGUUUUACCAAAGCCUCCCUUGCUUAAAGUCCAACCUUAGAGAACUGGCAGCUGACUCUUCUGAUAAGACAGCAUUUGAAAAGCAACAAGAACUGUCCUCCAAAGUAUUUGCGCACUUAUGUGACGUUGUGGAUGAUAACGAAGGGUACUACGAUGAAAAGAUUCAUCAGAUUUCAAAACUGAUUAUCUUAGAAGGAGCAGAGAUUUUCUUCCCAGACUCGAAAACAAGGCGGAGUCACUUGUUGUCCAUGGUGGAUCAAGUGAUGGAAGAAAAGAAGGCGGCAUCUCUGGGACUCACAUUUGAGUCACUCUGUAGAUUCUUCAGUAAUAAAGAUGCCAGUGGUCUUCUUGGACUUCCCGAUAUUGUGACAGAGAGAGGAUUUGACUGUGGACAAGUUCUUGCCGUCAUGACAACGUUGUUGUCUGUGGCUUAUCAAGAGAGCCUGAACUGCGUGACAGCAGCAGAUGAUGGAAACCAAAGCGAAUCGACAUCCAACCUUGUUCAGUUGUUGUGUGCAAUGCAAAGGAGUCUGUUAACAUGGUGCAGCACACAAAUGAAAUCCGGGAGUUCCUUUGGCCAAAAUGUCGCCACUGAUCUUAUAAUAGAGUAUGUUGGUAUUCUGGCCAACAGAGUGUUCAUGUCACUACAGGCUGUGAAUGACGCUUCAGACCAAUUGGUUGUAAUAGACAGACUUGAACAUUCGUAUGUCGCGGCAGCCAUGAGACAGCUGGUUUUGUUUCUUAAUCUAUUUACAAACGUGGAUUCCAUUUGUAUGCCAGUACUAAGACAUCUACAGCCAGUUUCUCUGGAGUUGAAGAAGUGUUCAAACAAGUAUCCACAGUUGUUCUUCAAAAUUGAUUCUGAAGAAUGGAACAAGACAGUGGGUCAGACUGUACUCAGAACAUGGCAGAUGGAAUCUGCACAUAAUUAUGAAAAUAACCUGGAUGUUAAAAUGGUCUUUAACUGUCCUGGCUGCUCGGAAUUUACUGUUGACUUUGAUGCGCGCUGUGAAACUGAAAGAAGAUAUGAUUACUUGGAAUUUACAGAUUCAAAUGGUAAUAAGAAACGCUUUGAUCAGAAGGUUGAUACCGAGAAGUGGCCAAAAAGUUAUACAUUCAAAGCCGGAAACCGCUUGCUUUUUAAUUUCCAUUCAGAUGGCAGUAAUAACGAAUGGGGAUACAAAUUCACGGUGACUGCAAAAGGUUCACCAGAUGUGGCUCUAUCGUGGAUUUUCGACCUGCAGCUUGGAAUGGCUCGUCUGUUUGGUCAGCUGUGCAGUGCGGCCUUGGAUAGUAGGAAAGCCUCCCCAACUCUUUCGGAUGUUGACAAUGAAGAAGAAAUUAAGUUGCUCCAAAGCGAAAUUUGGACAACACUUUUCCGUGGUGGAUACAUGACAGGCAAGCUGCAAAGAUCUCUCUCUGGUCAUCAUGCAACAACAGCUUCUUCAGUAGAGAAUUCCGUCAACUCUUUUUUGCACGGAUUUGACGGUGGAGAUAAUGGAGCUAUCGAAGAACUAAUUAAUAGGUGUCGUGAGAAGGCUCCCGGUCCAUUCAUCGGAGGUCCCCUGGUAGACCAGGCCGUCAAAUCUGCUUUUGCUGCCCUUAUUUGGCACUCGCAGGAGUUAAGGGACCAGAUAGUUCUAUUUGCUAACAACACUCCUCCAGAAUCUGUCCCAGAAGGCGUUCAAGAAGCUUAUAUAACUGCUGAGUCUCUUAGGCGAGGAUUGGUGGAUCGUCGCCAGCGUCUGAUUCUGCAGGCAGAAGAGGAAUCUAGUCAGGACAGCAAUUCACUUCAAAAAAUCAAUCCUGACUCACAGGUGAUUGCCUGCAAAGAAAAGGCGCAGUUUCUUCUCAAGUUUGCAGGGCUGCAGAGGAUCACUGACAAAACCUGCGAGGGGAGAGAAAACAGACGAUCCAAGUGGCUGAACAGAAAAUCGUCUUGGCAGAGAACAUCUGGCGAGCACAGUGGGAGCAUUUUGUCAGGACCUCGACAGAGAACCCUGUCCAUCGAAGAGAUCAAGACGAUAGACAAGCAUCCAGCAUUCAAACUUAUCCUGGACUUUGUCACAAAUGAUUCCUAUUCUCAUGAAAGAAUCCAAGCCCUACUGCAGCAGAGAGUGAAACAUGCAAACAAUGUGGCCGACAUUUAUCUCUUCGCUGCGGAUUUUCUUCGCAUUUCUUCGGAAACAGAUCUUGUCCAGGCCCCAGCCGUACUCUUCUUGCAACAGUUCUUGGCUUCUCAAAAGUUCUUUCCGAGACACUAUGCGGAUAAUCUUGAUGGUUGUGGGUUACAUCUGGAGAAUAAAGUCCGCCGAGCGUACUAUGCGCUGGUUAGAAGAUGUCUGGAGGGAGUCAAGUCUUACCAUACACAAGCUUCAAUUCGUAGACCGAGUUCUGCAGCAUUUGAAUGUCUCCGAGCUUUUGUUCUCCAUCUACUUGAUACUGACUGGAAGGGUUACGAUUACACUUUUAUUCUCGAUGUUCACCUCCCUGAGUUCCUUCUGGACACUGCAAAAGCGACCGUAUUGGAACCUAAACAGGAUGUGAAGGAUAUGAAUGAACAGCAAGAACUGGAUCAUUAUGAAGAAGGAAAUGGCUGGCUACAGGAGGCUAAACGAGACAUAUCUUGGUUCUCUCGUCUGCAGAAUGAAGCACAGACAGAUCAGGAACGACGGAGAAUGCAUCUAUUUGUGGCACGUUUCUCAGAUAUUCUUGAUGUGUCAAUAACCUGUGAUGGCUGUGAUGUCACCCUGUCGGGCAGGAGAUACCGUUGCCUUAACUGCAUGGAUGUUGACUUGUGUAAUACGUGUUACCUAAGUGGAGUGAAGCCCGAAGGUCAUACAGACUCUCAUGAUGUUAUUGACAUGAGAUUUAAGUGUGACGAAUGUCAGAGUUUUAUCGUCGGAACACGGUUCCACUGCAAUGAAUGUACAGACUUCGAUUUAUGUUUUGGUUGUCAUUCAUUUGGCAAGUUCCCACCGAGACACUCUGCGACCCAUAAAAUGACCAAAUUUCCACUUAAGACAGGUUCACUUCUAGACACAAGUGCAAACGAUCCAGCGAGCCGUGUACAGCUGUACACUCAUCAUCACGCUUGGCUGCAGUUUACCGCGUUGGCUCUUACUUUGGCAAAUUUUAUUAAUGAGCCAAACAAGUCUGUUGUGAGUUUAGAUUAUCUCCGUACCGCUGGCCAUCUUCACAUGGACUGCCUGUCUUUGGUGACUAAGUGCCUAAGCCAUGCCUGCUUUAAAGCACAGACCGGUGAGGAUGGCACGGAAUGUGGGGCAUCCUCUGGGAAGGAAGUUGUUUCUGUUUCUGCUCAUGAAUCAAUUCCAGAAGGAGAGAGUACACAUGACGUUGAAGGAGCGGCGACCAUAAAUACGGCUGCUGUAGCUACCGCUGUCGCUGCUACUGCAUCUGCUGAUGUUAUGGCGAUAGAUAAGGAUGCAUGUCGAUCAUCAGGAGAUGAACCUCACCAAGCUGAAGCCAAAGAUCAUAAGGAUACGGCUGCUGUAAUGGAAGAAAAGGUACUUACGGAAGGAAUUUCUGAGGUGGACACAAACACAGCAGGUGGUGAUGGGACAAAUGAAGGUGUGGUGAUUAACGAAGGGCCUUCAUCUGAGAGUAAAGUGGAAGGAUCUGCUACACGGCAAGACAUAAUAACACAAACCAUUGAAGAUGUUGAAACAUUGUUUGCCAGCAAAACGCACGAAAGACUAUUAGGACUUCUUGGGGCUGUUCUUCCGCAGGAUUCAAAGUUCAAUCGCUGGACAUCUUACUGCUCUGGAGUUGAAGAGUUUAUAUCGGACAAAUUUCUUCCAACGUUGUUUAAGAUUAUUAGGGACGGCGAAUGUGACGACAAAACGAAAGCUCUUGCCCUUGGAAUUCUUGGAAAGUUUUUGCAGUGCACCAGCCCUGUGGUGUCUGAUCGUGGUGUAUCGCUCUUUUACACUUUACCUGUCAAGACGGAAAGUGAGAUCAGCAAUAAAGAGGGAUCAUCAGGAAACGCCACUGUUGAGUUUCUCUUUCACCUUGGAGCAGAGUAUUUAGCGAGAUCUGAUCUUAAUGCGUCCUCGUGUAUGGCAUCCACAUUACAACAAUUGGCAAGUUCAUCUCACUGGCAGCCAAGUGUAGCAGAUUAUGUUGGAAUGUGUCUGGAGCGUUUGGCUCAACCGACUGAGAACGUAGAUUUAAGUGCAUUGUUUGGACUGCUUGUCUUCGCAAGAUUUCCUGAUUUUGUUCGUAUGGGGUCCGUGGUUGAAAUGAAGGAUCCAAGUGGAGAGAAGCGGAGAGCGGUUGUGUUCAAAUAUUACCUUGAUAAAGGAAGUGUUACAGUAAUUGAUGUCAAAUCUCGUAAAAGGAAAACGGUCAAGGAGCACCUUUUAGAAGAAUCCUCUUCUCUAAGUGAAACUUUCAAGACUUCAAGGUUUUCUGUUCUUCUGGACAUCGUCGUAAAAAUUCUUCAUCUUCUUAAAGAUAAAAAGACUGUUCCAGUGGAGAGAAUGUGGGUUCUAUAUCUUGGACUGAAGGGCCUACUUGGUAACAUUAAGGCAAAUUCAAGUUUAAGUCUGAAUUCAGAGAUGGUGGCCAGUGGUAUCGUUCCUUUGCUUGUUAAUAUCGCCUGUCAAGGGACUACAUUCAGCAGUCAGUGGAUUUUACGAGAUUUGGAGGUGUUGUCUCUCAAAUUGUACAAGUCAGAGCGAUUCACCACACCAUCUCCAUCUAAACCGGCUGAAAAAGAUGAAAGUAAAACGCCAUCGAAGACUUCACAGGAAGCUGAACCAACAACAAAUGAUACCUCUGCAACGGUAGAGACAACAAAGACAAAUAAUUCAGUGAAAGAAGAAGAAGAAGGCGGGGGUGAUCCCUUUGAAGGGCUUGAUGAUAUCACCAAGACAUGCUUCGAGACUAUCUACGAAGCGAUGAAUGUUCCUUGUUCCGUACUUAGAGCCAUUUAUGAGAAUGUAGAACAUGAUCAAAGCCGGCUGCUGGAAGAAGUGCAGAGAGGGUUUGAUGGCGCAGGUUUUCAAGUAUCGGACGAGGUUAGAGAACAAGCUAAGAAGUGGGUAGCUAUCCAAAAGAAACCUGAUGUGAACUCGGCGCCAGGCCCUGUUGUUGACGUUGGAGUUGUUCGUUAUACGACCAGUGAGAUAUUACCAAAGAAUGUCCAGGCCAAAGCUGAACAAAGCGAAGCGGCUCAAAAGUUGAUUCCUUCGCUUAGUGAUGCGGAAAUUGAAGAGACUCGCGAGAAGCAGGCUCGCACUAAAUCAGCUGAGUUGUUAAAGAAGGAACUCGAAAGUGAAGAAAACUUGGGAAGUACAGAGUAUCUUACCAAGGUUAAUCUUGCUCUGUCAGUGAUCUACUCGCGGCAUUUGAUCGCCAUUUUGCUGGGACAAUGGCCACAGGGUCAUGUGAUCACAUCUGAGCUGAUGGACAACAGUGAUGAAGUACAGUUCAUUGGUUUGCUGGACAUAUUACAGAGACUAGAGAAUAAAGAACUGUUUGAAAAGGUGGUGAGUUCAGUUGUACGGUGUGGAGACCCUAAACUGGUUCAUCCUUUGUCUCUUGCUGCCGCUCACUGCAUGGGUGAAGUGACCCUGUCAACUGAGACCAGAGAGUCUGAACAUAAGUAUCCGAAUGAUACAGUGAACGAGGGAAAAGUACACAUUCCUGGCGCUGCUACCCUCUUUGUCAAGUUUGAUCCAAGAUGUUCCACCGAGGAUGGAUGCGAUGAACUGCGGAUUGCAUCCUCAGCUGACUAUGAACAAAACAAACACGUGUUUUCUGGUCCCAGUAGUCGAUGGAUUGAUUUGGAAAUACCAGGUGACACUUUGUAUUACAUAUUCACUUCCGACAGCAGCACCAACGACUGGGGCUGGAAAUUUGUAGUCACUGGCGGCCAACUGGGAAGAUUCAAGACUGGCUUUACAAUGCUGAAUGCUAUGCUGUCACUGGAUAACAAAGUUGCCAGGUCCUUGCCAAUCAAGACGUUAUGGGUUUGGUUGGUAUCAGUAGCCUGCUGCCAGACUGGUCAGCAGCGUCUCAUGGCGACUGGCUUGCUGCUGCGACUACUGUUAGUCGUGUCAGGACAAGUGUUGGAGAGAGAUGGGUCGUGUUCAGUUCCAAUGGAGACAAGUGAUCGGCCAGACCUGAGUUUGUUGAGGCCCCUGUGGUCUCUUUAUACCAGCAUGUUGGAAAAGGAAGGAGGUUCUGGAUCAGUUCCUACUUUGGUGUCUCCUGUACUUCGAGGACUCACUGAACUCUUUUUGAUGGUGGAAAACCUCGCACAGGACUGGGGCACGGCUGAGGACCUCGUGGUUGGUUUUACAACAAAUGAAAGUUUGAAGCGAUGCUUCUCACAGGCCGUGCAAAAGGUUGGUCUCAUUGGUCUUGCUAUUGGACAAACAAACAAGGCCUCUGAAGCCCUUAUCAAGGCUGCCUCUAAUCCACAACCGAAGGCGGAUGAAUCCAAAAAGGAGAAGUCAAAGGUAGACUCCUCUGUAAGCUUCCAGCUACCUUUUCCUAUCACCAUUGGCGGGGAUGAUAAUGAAGAUGACACGACAGGAGAUGGAUCCAGUGAUGACUCGGACGAUAGCAGCUCCUCUGACUCCUGGAACUGAUCACGUGACUCAAUGUCACAACACCGACUGGCUGUCAAUUCGUUUAUUUGAAGUCACGUGAACACUAUUCUGAGGAAAGUGAAAUGAUUCAAGAAUUAAACAUGAUCAUUCUGAGGAUCACGUGUACUCAAAGGAUGAACAGAACCAUCAAGUAGUUCAAUUUCUCUGAUCUAUUGGGUAGUGGCUUGAUUUGGUAUUUUAAUCACUGCCUUAAAAACAGAUAAGUAUGGAUGGACAGUGAUUCUUAAUGGAAACUGAAAUCCUAGGUUUGAAUGAUGCUAUUAACUGUCAGAGACUGAAAAAACUGGCAAUCAUUUUCGCAGGUUAAACAGGAGUUUUAAAUCCUGUUUUUGUCAACAUAGACAUUCAAUAUUGCAGUUUUAUAACGUCAAUCAGGUUAUCGGCCCUGAAUCAUCUUUAAUUUUCAAAAGCGCAGACUAAAAUUGAAACUCAAGUGUACCACCUCGGCAUGGUACGUCGACCGAUCCUCUGAACUUAAAUUGGCUAUUAUUGUUACUUCCACUGUUACUGUUACUGCGCGGGGUCAAGUCACGUUUACUCGCUUUGGCAAUGUGUAACUCGAUGAAUGUAAUUCAUACCCUUAUCUUGAGACCUAAAGAUGAAAGAAGUUUCGAAGAGUAAUCUGCACUUAGUCAAAUCCAAGAUUAGUUCUUAUGCUAGAGCGCUUUAGUUGAGAAUAUAAAGAAAAACUGACGUAAAGCGAUGAGCUUUUCAGGCAAUCACCCCAAUAGAAUUUUAUUAACGCUACUUCUCUGUAUUGAAUGACGUACUCAUUUGGCAUUCAGUGUAGUACAAUAUUUCUGAAUAAAGACACUUCGUUGGUGAAGAAAAAUUCUCGCUUGUUACGUUUGUUAUGGAAAGGAAAUCAGGUUUUCAGUUUGCUGAUGAAUUCUCUGGUAAGCACGUCGAAACUGUUCAAAGGAAUAGUGGAGGCUUUUGAAAACGCCUGAUAAAAAUGUGUCACAUGC